AAUUCCGUAGCUACUUCGUGCCUCCGGAGUCCUGAACUCUUCUCAACUGCGCGCCCUCUUACCAAAAUCACUCCUAUUUCCAAUUCCAUAUUAGCCUCUCACUCUCUCUCUCACUGAAAACCCCCAAUCAAAACCCUAACCCUAAUUCUGCUCGGCUCUCUGCAACUGCAACAUCCACUUUGGUUUUCUGCUCAAUUCUCCAUUGUGGUGAAAGAUUGGCUUCAUGAAAUGGAUUUGUCAGAUGCAGUAAUAGUCAAUUCUAGCAGAUUGAAAUCUGUUGUAUGGAAUGACUUUGAUAGGGUUAAAAAGGGUGACACCUGUGUGGCCGUUUGUAGGCAUUGUAAGAAGAGACUUAGUGGAUCAAGUACUAGUGGAACAUCACAUUUGCGGAAUCAUUUGAUUAGGUGUCAGAGAAGAUCUAACCAUGGCAUAGCUCAAUAUAUUACAGUGAGGGAAAAGAAAAAGGAAGGAGUCCUUGCUCAUGCAAAUUUCAAUAUGGAUCAAGAGCAGAGAAAGGAUGAAAUGCUUAACCUUGUGAAUGUUAAAUUUGAGCAAGAUCCGAUGAAAGAUGAGACUGUUAACACUGGCAACAAUAACUUCGAUCAAAGACGAAGUCGACGUGAUCUUGCUCGCAUGAUCAUUUUACAUGGCUAUCCAUUGGCCAUGGCAGAGCAUUUCUGGUUCAGAGUAUUUGUUAAAAAUUUGCAGCCACUUUUUGAGUUUGUUACGUUGGACAUAGUUGAGGCUGAUUGCAGGGAUAUCUAUGUGGAAGAGAGGCAAAAGGUGAGUGAAGUGUUGGAUAAACUGCCUGGUAAAAUCAGCCUCAGUGCUGACUUGUGGGCUACUUAUGCAAAUGCUGAGUGCUUGUGUUUGACGGCACACUACAUUGAUGAAUCUUGGCAGUUAAAGAAGAAGAUUCUAAAUUUUGUUAUGGUUGAUCAUUCCCAUACAGAAGACAUGCUUUCAGACGUUAUCAUGUCAUGUCUAAUGGAUUGGGAUAUUGACCGUAAGUUAUUCUCCAUGACUUUUGAUAGUUCUUCUACCAAUGACAACAUCGUCUUUAGAAUCAGAGAUCGGCUGUCCCAGAAUAGGUUUCUUUAUUGCAAUGGUCAAUUUUUUGAUGUACGCUGUGCAGCAAAUGUUAUUAAUUUGAUGGUUCAAGAUGCCUUGGAAGCACUAUGUGAGGUAACCCAUAAAAUUCGGGAAAGCAUACAAUUCUUUAAAAGUGCAGAAGCAAUGCAAGCAAAGUUUAAUGAGGUGGCUCAAGAAGUUGGAGUUCAGAGUAAAAGGCCCUUAUGUUUAGAUAAUUCAUCACAGUGGAACUCGACAUAUGUUAUGCUUGAAGUAGCCUUGGAGUACAGGGAGGCUUUUUCUCUUUUGCAAGAAAAUGACACUGUCUAUACAAUGUGUCCAUCUGAUAUAGAGUGGGAGAGAGUUACUUUAGUUACCAGUUACUUGAAGCUCUUUGUUGAGGUUGCUAAUGAGUUUACAAGGUCUAAGUCUUCAACUGCAAAUAUAUAUUUUCCCGAGCUCUGUAAUAUUCACUUGCAGUUGAUUGAAUGGUGUAAGAAUUCAGAUGCUUGUAUUAGUUCUUUGGCAUCAAAGAUGAGAAGCAAGUUUGAAGAAUAUUGGGACAGAUGUGGCUCAGGUUUAGCAGUUGCAGCCAUGUUAGAUCCUCGAUACAAGAUGAAAUCGGUUGAGUAUUACUAUCCACUAAUCUAUGGUAGUAGUGCUUCAGAACGUAUUGAUGAUGUCUUUCACUGUGUCAAGGAACUUUAUAAUGAACAUUCUAUCUGCUCGCCAUUAGCUUCUAUUGAUCAAGGUCUAGCCUGGCAAGUGGGUGGUGGUGCCCGUUGCUCAGCUGCUUCUAGGGAUAGGCUGAUGGGGUUUGACAAAUUCCUUCACGACACUUUUCAGAGUGAAGGCACAAAGUCGGAUCUGGACAAGUAUCUAGAGGAGCCCCUCUUUCCUCGUAGUGUUGAUUUUAACUUAUUAAAUUGGUGGAAAGUACAUACUCCUAGGUAUCCUAUCCUAUCGAUGAUGGCACGCAAUGUGUUAGCAACUCCCAUGUCGAAACUUGCUUCAGAGUUUGCAUUCAGCACUGAAAGAAGAAUGCUUGAUCGUGAUUGGAGUUCACUAAGUCCAGAAACAGUCCAAGCUUUGAUGUGUUCUCAAGAUUGGAUACGCAGUCAAAUAGAAAGUUAAGUCUUUUUCCCGAUUUAAAUGUCACUAUUUCUGGGUAAACUCUACUGUCGCUGAGCUUUCUUUUCUUGUGUAUUACAAUAGAUCAUCUACGGCAGUGUCAAA